AUGGGGGAGGAAGAACUUAUAGAGAUUAUCGAACAAAAUGGAGAUAGUGGCAUAGAUGGGAGGUUGAUAAAAAAUGUGGAACACAAAAUGUCUGCUUCUGGAUCAAAAUCUUCUAAGAAGAAAGGGAAAAGUAUGGCCACGCUGGAGGAGUUAGAGAAGGUGGAAUUCCUAGGCGAUAUAGUUUCCAUAGAUGGAGUUGAGGUGGAUCCCACAAAGAUCGAAGCAGUCAAGAGUUGGCCAACACCUAAGACUGCAAGUGAAGUAAGAAGCUUCUUGGGUCUAGCUGGUUGCUACGGACGCUUCGUUGAAGGAUUUUCCAAGAUCGCAACUCCUCUAACCAACUUAAUACGAAAGAUGCAGAAGUUUGUCUGGCCAGAAAAGCGUGAGGGUAGCUUCCAAACACUUAAGGACCAACUAAUAACAGCCCCUGUAUUAUGUGUUCCCAAUAACAAGGAUAAGCUUGUGGUGUACUGUGAUGCAUCAAAACAAGGGUUGGGAUGCGUGCUGAUGUAA